CAAAGAGCGAGUAACACCUGCAUGUGGGAAGCACAAGAACAACACCAACUCAAACCAGUUACACACACACAAAAACUUUGUUGACUUUCAUUUAACAUUUUAAGCUGACUUUGAUGCUGGUUGUACAUAAGGAGGAAACAAGAAGCGGGGAAAAAAUAACAGCAACAAUUAAAAGGUGAAAGUGAAAGUAUCAUCAGCCCGUCCUACGUCAUUUCCCGCUGACUAGGCUAAACAACACCCUAAACUGGCAUUAAAGGCAUUCAGAGGCACAGGCGACCGGAGCGCGGGACCUCGCACGCAGAAAAACGGCACAAAAUGGGCAAAAUCUACCAAGUGAUGGUGCACGGGCUGAGGGGUGAGAAGAUGCUCGUCGACCUGUGCAACACCGAGGAGCAGAUGCAGAGCAUGACGGUGCUGCAGCUGAAGGAGAAGAUAGCCACGAGGCUCCCCGACGGCGCAGGAAAAGACGAUGUGCGGCUGAUCUUCACAGACAUGCAUCUGGAUGGAGACACCAAGCAGCUCUCUGAGUUUGGAAUCCAGCACAUGUCCGUCAUCCAAAUGGUGUUGAGGGUUCAUGGCGGACUCCACCAUCUCCACCUCCCAGCACUGCCACCAGCACAUCUUCUGCUGCUGCUUCAUUAAGUCUCCUGACAAUGUUUACAAAGGAUAAAACUUUAUACUGUUUGGGGUAUUUUCUUGCAUUAAUCCUCGAAUGUUCCCAUGUUAGCUUUUAAAGAUGUUUGAAAAAUCAGUUGUUGUUGCAUAAUAAAAUCAUGUUGUCUCUUUAAUA